UAAAGUUACUUUGAACAGUGAAGAGAUGAACUUUUUUGGAGCAUUUAGUGGUCUUCCACUGCGCCCUCUGCUGUUAGCGGCCGGAGCUGCAGCCGCGACAGCCAGCAUUUACACUUAUGUUAAACGGAGCGAAGAUACGACAGCGGAGCCCGAGGACACGACCGAAGGUCCUGACACAGAGGUUGUUAAAGACCAGAUGAUGAAACUGUUGGUGUCCAAGAUUCAGCUGCAGGACAGAGUGAAGGAGCUGGAGGAACUGCUCUGUGAGGCACACAGAGACUGUGACCUGAAAAGCAAGGAGAGAGAGCAAGAGCGAGAGGCUCACAGCAUCCUCCUGGCUGAGAAAGAGGAGACGAUAAAGACUCUGACACACAAGGAGGAGUUCCUGAAGGUCACCUUGGUUGAAGCUAAGGAGAACCAUCAGAAGGAUGUAGAGACCAUCCAUCAGCUGGAGAAGGAGAAGUCUGACCUGACAGAAAAGGUGGAGACUCUGAGAGAGACAGUGGAGGAACUGGGGAACCAGCUCACUGAGACACAUGUGCAGUGUGAUGAGCUCACGGAUGAGUGUGAGAGAGAGCGAGAGACUCACAACAUCCUCCAGUCCAAAUAUGAUGAGAUGAAGAAGACCAUGACUCAGCUGGAGGAGGAGAACAAUCAGAUGAAGCAAGAACAAGAGGCUCACAACAUCCUCCAGUCCAAGUAUGAUGAGAUGAUUAAGAGUCAUGAGGAGGAGUUACUGAAGGAGCGAGAGACUCACAACAUCCUCCAAGCAGAGAACAAUGAUAUGAAGAAGACCAUCACUCAGCUGGAGGAGGAGAAAGAUGAGAUGAAGAAGACUCUGAACAACAAGGAGGAGUUUCUGAAGGUCACUCUGGCUGAAGCUGAGGAGAAACAUCAGAAGAUCAUCAGUCAGCUGGAGGAGGAGAUGUUUGACCUGACAGAAAAGGUGGAGACUCUGAGAGACACAGUGAAGAUACUGAUGAAGAAGCUCAUUAAGACUGACAGAGAGUGUGAUGAGAGAAUAAACGUCACUCUGGCUGAAGCUGAGGAGAAACAUCAGAAAGAUGUGGAGACCAUCCAUCAGCUGGAGAAAGAGAAAGAUGAGAUGAAGAAGACUCUGAACAACAAAGAGGAGUUUCUAAAGGUCACUCUGGCUGAAGCUGAGGAGAAACAUCAGAAGACCAUCAGUCAGCUGGAGGAGGAGAUGUUUGACCUGACAGAAAAGGUGGAGACUCUGAGAGACACAGUGAAGAUACUGAUGAAGAAGCUCAUUAAGACUGACAGAGAGUGUGAUGAGAGAAUAAACGUCACUCUGGCUGAAGCUGAGGAGAAACAUCAGAAAGAUGUGGAGACCAUCCAUCAGCUGGAGAAAGAGAAAGAUGAGAUGAAGAAGACUCUGAACAACAAAGAUGAGUUUCUAAAGGUCACUCUGGCUGAAGCUGAGGAGAAACAUCAGAAGAUCAUCAGUCAGCUGGAGGAGGAGAUGUUUGACCUGACAGAAAAGGUGGAGACUCUGAGAGACACAGUGAAGAUACUGAUGAAGAAGCUCAUUAAGACUGACAGAGAGUGUGAUGAGAGAAUAAACGUCACUCUGGCUGAAGCUGAGGAGAAACAUCAGAAGAUCAUCAGUCAGCUGGAGGAGGAGAUGUUUGACCUGACAGAAAAGGUGGAGACUCUGAGAGACACAGUGAAGAUACUGAUGAAGAAGCUCAUUAAGACUGACAGAGAGUGUGAUGAGAGAAUAAACGUCACUCUGGCUGAAGCUGAGGAGAAACAUCAGAAAGAUGUGGAGACCAUCCAUCAGCUGGAGAAAGAGAAAGAUGAGAUGAAGAAGACUCUGAACAACAAAGAGGAGUUUCUAAAGGUCACUCUGGCUGAAGCUGAGGAGAAACAUCAGAAGAUCAUCAGUCAGCUGGAGGAGGAGAUGUUUGACCUGACAGAAAAGGUGGAGACUCUGAGAGACACAGUGAAGAUACUGAUGAAGAAGCUCAUUAAGACUGACAGAGAGUGUGAUGAGAGAAUAAACGUCACUCUGGCUGAAGCUGAGGAGAAACAUCAGAAGACCAUCAGUCAGCUGGAGGAGGAGAUGUUUGACCUGACAGAAAAGGUGGAGACUCUGAGAGACACAGUGAAGAUACUGAUGAAGAAGCUCAUUAAGACUGACAGAGAGUGUGAUGAGAGAAUAAACGUCACUCUGGCUGAAGCUGAGGAGAAACAUCAGAAAGAUGUGGAGACCAUCCAUCAGCUGGAGAAAGAGAAAGAUGAGAUGAAGAAGACUCUGAACAACAAAGAUGAGUUUCUAAAGGUCACUCUGGCUGAAGCUGAGGAGAAACAUCAGAAGAUCAUCAGUCAGCUGGAGGAGGAGAUGUUUGACCUGACAGAAAAGGUGGAGACUCUGAGAGACACAGUGAAGAUACUGAUGAAGAAGCUCAUUAAGACUGACAGAGAGUGUGAUGAGAGAAUAAACGUCACUCUGGCUGAAGCUGAGGAGAAACAUCAGAAGGCUGUGGAGACCAUCCAUCAGCUGGAGAAAGAGAAGUCUGACCUGACAGAAAAGGUGGAGGCUCUGAGAGAGACAGUGGAGGACAUGGGGAACCAGCUCAUUGAGACUAACAGAGAGUGUGAUGAGUUACUGAAUGAGCGAGAGACUCACAACAUCCUCCAAGCAGAGAACGAUGAGAUGAAGAAGACUCUGAGUCACAAGGAGGAGUUACUGAAGGUCACUCUGGCUGAAGCUGAGGAGAAACAUCAGAAGAUCAUCAGUCAGCUGGAGGAGGAGAUGUUUGACCUGACAGAAAAGGUGGAGACUCUGAGAGACACAGUGAAGAUACUGAUGAAGAAGCUCAUUAAGACUGACAGAGAGUGUGAUGAGAGAAUAAACGUCACUCUGGCUGAAGCUGAGGAGAAACAUCAGAAAGAUGUGGAGACCAUCCAUCAGCUGGAGAAAGAGAAAGAUGAGAUGAAGAAGACUCUGAACAACAAAGAGGAGUUUCUAAAGGUCACCUUGGCUCAAGCUGUGGAUGAUGUGGAGACCAUCGCUCAGCUGGAGAAGGAGAACGUUGACCUGAGAAUUGAGGUGGAGACUCUGAGAGACACAGUGAAGAUACUGGGGAAGAAGCUGUUUGAGUGUAACAGAGUGUGAUGAGAGAAUAAACAUAAGUUAGAAAAAACCUUGUAUUAAUCAGAUCCUUUAUCAAGACCAAGAGGACUUUAAUUCUGUUUAAGCGUUACACAUCCACCAUUUCCUCUCCUGAAAAUGUGACUGCUGUUGUGAACCCUUGCCUUGUCCGCUGUACUAAACCGUUAUGGGACAGAAAAUAAAAAUAAAAAAUAAAGAAUGAUUAAAAAAAAGAACAUCAUAAAAAAAGAUGUUUCCUAAUGUUUUGUUCUGAUGUUUGAUGUGAAGAUGAAGUGAGUGUAUAGUGAGUAGCAGCUGCUGCUGUGUAUGGCAGUGCUAAAGAUGGUAUUUAAUGACUUGCUAAUAGACUUUCUGAAAGGGGUGAGAUUCCUCUGUGACUGUACUCCCUCAAGACUCCAGCUUUGGAGCACACACUUGUGUUUGAGUCACUGAGAUCCUCACCAGCCCAUACGGGAUGUCCAACUGAACUGAACUCGCAUGGAUUUACAUGAAGGCCACAUUCUUACUGGCAGAAGAGUAAGAAAGUCACAUGCUUUAGAGAUACACCAACCCUGCAUACAGUGGCGGGACAGCUCCAGGCUUCCUGCCUACAUCCAUGUCCUGUAAGAGUGGCUGUUCCAAUACUUGUGGCCACAUAAAAAUUGGGUGGUCUGACACCAAAGGUGCCAUGUUCUGAGUUGUUGAACACAUCCAGAUGUAAAUAUCAGGAAAUGAAAGCUGAUGAAAUUCUGAUCUAUCGUCUUUUGAUUUCAGACCUAAGAUUUCAUAAAUAAUGGAGUGUAGCAUAAAUAAUAGAAUUGGUCUUGCUGUUUGAAGGGGACAGUAUAAAAGUCCCACCAAUCUCAGGAAUAAACGUGUAUUACAGUAAAACUUUUUCCUUAUGGCUUGAGACACUUUUUAUCCAUUCAGUCAGUCACUUUUCUCACCAUGAGAGCAAUGCUGUAUAAUUUAUAGCAAAGUCUACAGAAAUUCAUUAAAUGAACAUUUUUUUAAAUGAACAUAUUUUUCAUUUAAUUUCAUAAAUAUAAGCCAUAAUUUAUUUUAAAAUGCUGUUUUUUAUAUU